AUGAGCGAGUCGCCGCUCUGCGAGCCUGCUUCUUUAGUCUCACGGCGAAGGUCUGCCACUAAAUUGCAUGCUACACCACCAGAAGAUGGGUUAGAAAAGAGAAAGCCUAUUCCCGCGCCUGUGGCCGUAACACCAAGGUCUUGGAAGAACUUUCUGGUUCGCUCUUUGUGGAGCAUUCCAAUGAUCGUAGGAUUUACGGCGAUUCUGUGGUCUGGACAUAUUUUUGUUAUUCUCAUGGUCAUUAUCAUGCAGACUGUUAUUUUCAAAGAGGUCAUUGAUCUUGUGCGCGAGCCCUGGCCAAACAACAGGCUCCCGUGGUUUCGAACCAUUUCCUGGUAUUUUCUCAUUACAACGAAUUACUUUUUGUACGGUGAAGUCUUGAUCAAGUACUUCAAACGCGUAUGGAUCUUGGACGCCUUUCUGCUGCCGCUUGCCAAUCACCAUCGGUUCAUUUCGUUUUCUUUGUACAUGAUGGGUAAGCUGCUGGGAUCGUUUUGUAACCUCCUAGGUCUGAUUGCCUUUGUGCUAAAUUUAAAAAAUGGCUGCUACAAGUUCCAGUUUGGCCUAUUUGCAUGGACACAUAUGACCCUGCUGCUGGUCACUUUUCAAUCGCAUCUAGUGAUCAUCAACAUUGUGGAGGGCCUGAUAUGGUUUAUCCUUCCUGUUUGUCUUGUCAUCUGUAACGAUAUUUCUGCAUAUCUCUUUGGAUUUUUCUUUGGGCGCACCCCUUUAAUCAAAAUCUCGCCUAAAAAGACGUGGGAAGGGCUGAUCGGGGCACUAUUUGCUACCAUUAUUUUUGGAUUCUUUCUCGCCGGGUGGCUCGCCCCAUACACCUAUUUAACCCUCCCAAUGCCUUCGCCCGCCUUUAAAAAUAGAACCACAGGCGCUUCUUCUGCGACAUUCGAAUUCAAGCCUUUCAAAUUGCCGCCUUUUAUUUCUUCUUUAAGGAAGCAUUUGCAGUUCCUCACGCCUUGGGGCAGUAAUAAGACUGAGGAUUAUUCCACAAUCAAUGUAGCCCCAAUCCAGCUCCACGCCAUCGUCUUUGCCAUUUUCUCGUCCGUCAUAGCACCAUUUGGUGGUUUCUUUGCCUCCGGUGUGAAACGGGCAUUCAAAAUGAAGGACUUUGCAGACUCCAUUCCCGGUCAUGGCGGACUUACAGACAGGAUGGACUGCCAGCUACUGAUGGGCAUUUUUGCCUAUUUGUAUACAGCCUCAUUUGUGUUUCGUAGCAGUGUUUAUCAAAACGAGUCGUCUGCCGUUGUGUCGCUCGAGUUCAUUCUUGAUGCUAUCAUUCACAAUCUAUCUCCAGAAGAACAGUUGGAUUUGUUCCAUUCUAUAAAGACAUACCUCCAGGAACAGCAGCUACUUCCGUCCCUGCAUUUGUGA